AACACCAUAUUUGGCAAUAUGUACAAAGGAAGCAAACAUUCCACAUCAACAUCAACAUUUGACUGUGAGAUGCUGCGGGAUGAUGAGUGGGAUGGGGUAAAUUUCUUUGAUCAAGCAUCCCAAUGCGAGCUGAAUUAAAUCUUAAGAUUGAAAUUCUGUAAUUCUUACCCUAAAUUCAAGAAAUAUUAGUAUACGCAUAACAAUAACAGAGGCAAGAACAAGAAGAGACAUCACAAUAAGUUUGAGGACGUGUUCGGCCAUCUCCAGCCCCGCCCCCGCCCCCGCCCUGGGCUCUGGCGGCGCGCGGUCCGCCCUGCUCCAGCAGACCUCUGAGGCGGCAGUCCGAUCCCGUCCGGGCAGCGCGCCGGCCGGACCGGCCAUGCCCGUGCGACACUCGCUGCUGGCGUCGCUGCCGACGGCCUCCGUCGAGCCCGUCGACAUGCCGACGCCGGUGAUCGACGCAGCGACGGCGCCGGCGCCGCUCUCUGCCGCCCCCUCCUCCCCGUCGGCCGGUGGUUCCAGUGGACCGGUCCCGCAGGGCCGGCUGAAAAAGUGCGACACUGCUGUGACGCUCCAGGAGCGCCGCUCGGGCGGCAUGUCGGGCCGACUGCUGCGCUCUCUGGCUCCGUCCCGGGCCUCCCUGUCCGCCUCUGUGACGGUGGUGAGGCCCGCUCUGCGGCAUGCCGUCACCCUGAGCAGCCUGGAGCAGGCGCGUCAGGCGUCCGGCUGCAGCCGCUGCGGCAGUCAGCAGGCCCUGCGGCUGCCGGCAGAGCGGCGAGCCACCUGUGGGGUGUGCCUGGCAGAGGUGCCCGCCGCAGAGCUGCACAGACUGGCCGCCUGCGGCUGCCGCUUCUGUCGAGAGUGCAUGUCCACAUAUGUCUCCGUGUGCGUGGAUAACGGCGAGACGCUGGUGCCGUGCCCGGAGCCUCGCUGUGCCGCUGGCGGCAGUCUGACCCCGGACGAGGUCAGGCGGCUCACUGAUGACGCCACGUUCCGGCGCUACCAGCGACUGGCCUACAUCAGAGAGGUGGAACAGGACCCGGACCGCGCCUGGUGCCCGCGUCCCGGCUGUGACACCGCCUGUGUCCUCCCCGCCUCCGGUCAGCCGUUCAACUGUACCGGCUGCGGCGGCCGCUUCUGUGCGGUCUGCCGCCGGCCGCGCCCAGAGCCGGAGGAUACACCUCACGAGUGUCGCCCCGAACGCUGGCUGCUGGGCGGCAGUCAGAUGCUGGGGGGCACGGUGAAGAAGUGCCCCCACUGCGGAGUACCGAUUGAGCGCGAGGACGGCUGUGCACAGAUGAUGUGUCGCAGGUGCCGACAUACGUUCUGCUGGUACUGCCUCGCCUCACUCGAUGGUGACCUGUUCCUGCGUCACUACGACAGCGGUCCGUGUCGCCGGCUGCUGGGACAUUCCCGAGGCUCUCUCAUCUGGCACAGAGUCCAGCUGGUGGGCGCACUGAUCGGCGUCGGUCUGGUGUUCGUCGUGGCCGCUCCGGUGCUGAUUCUGUACGCCCCGGUGGUGAUGUGUACCAGCUGUCAGUGUGACCCGUCCGGGACGGAGCUGGACUCCACUCCUGUGGCCGAGGGGGCGCAGCAACUGACGUCACCGCCGCCAGAGGACGCCGGCCCGCCUCCUGACUGAGUUUUAGGAGUGGGAGGAGUGGUGAGGAGGGUGGUUCUCUGAUAUGUGCAGAGGGGUCUUUGGAUAGGUUUGGUUCGACGGUUUUCGUCGCUUCAGGCUGACUAGACUAACUCCGAGGUUGGUCUACUAUGAUGCAAAACUCCCACUCAAUCCCUGGCAUUUAAGACAUUGAUAUCUCCAACGAGCCAUGCUUGAAGUCUUUUCAGUCACUGGCAUUUAACAAACUGUGAUCGGAAACAACCCACCAUUAUGAAACUUGCUCUCUUUUUAUGGCGUUUACCGGCCGUUGUAGUUCCCUCGGCGGUUCCACAAGACACAGACGACAGACCGCGGGGCGAUGGCUGUCAGGUUACAGUGUUACACACCUGGGACGUCACACACGCGGUGACUUCACCUUCGUUACACACCGUGUCGUCACUUUUGUCACACGUUUAUUCCGGUCGUCACUCCCCGUCCCGCCGCACGGAGUGCUCAGUGUCUGCACCAAGCCGACGCCAGCGCCGGCUGGCACGUCAGUCUGUGAUACCCGCUUUCUGCGCAUGCGCACUGACCCAGGUCCCCUGGAAGGACCGCCGCAGGCGCUCUUGCUCGCCUCACGGCGCAAGUCGCGGUGGUGCUGGCUGUUUUUCGGACGUUGUCGCGCCUACAGAGCUGUUGAUUUGCUGAUGCGGCUUGCCUGCGGUUGGAGGAAGCUUCUUACCGACGUUUCUGGUCGGAGAAGAAGCUCGGGCACUACCGUUGUAGCUCAUUUUGUUCUGAGCGGGUCCCAUGGAUUCCAAGCGCAGAGACGGAAGAGGGAGCUUGCAGUCUUGUGAGUUGGUUAUGAUCAUGUUGGUCACCUAAACGGCACUUUCCUCAGAAAGUGAGACGGAGCGGGCGGUACCUAUAUGGCUCGGACUGGUUUCGGGCUCAUACCAGAGCUCCCGCUCAAAGCAAAGCGAAAGGUAGGUUCCAUACUGAGCUCGUUGCGAAACUGAAAGCAGACUGAAUAGCUCAUUGGGCUGAUACCUUGGCUUAGUCGAGCUUGAAGCUGGGGGUAUUGCUGGGAGUGGGUAUAACUCUGCUUUUUGCGAGGUUUAUCGCUGACCUUAAUUUUGAGCUCAUAGCUUCGCUCAGGGCCAAGCUGACGCUGAGCUAGGUGAGCUGAUUGCUGAUCACAACUGCGCUCCUAGCUGAGCUGAUUUCUGAGCUGAUUGCUGAACUGAUCGCCGUGUCCAUACCCGUACCUAUAGAUGUCGCGGCUCGUGAGAGGAGGCCGGAUAUUCCCAGUCGCUGUGCAGAGAAUCUGUGUGAGCCGGCUUCAUGGAGAGCGGAUUCUUUGUGAACUGACCACCGUUUGCUCUAUCUAGAGUGGACAUUUUGUGUGCUGCGGUUGACCCAGCCUGUGUAAAUGCUGUACUAGAGUCGACGCUUUGCGUACUGUGGCCAACCCAGCCGCGGUGUACUGUGUUUAGAGUCGACACUUUGUCGUGCUGUUCCGCUUGUGUUAUGGGUGCCUUUCCGCUGCAGCGGUGGCGGGCUAGCUGUCCCUGAUUUGGGCUUACUGGGGGCACACACAACACAACGGUGAGGGGCAGUUGGCGUACACUGUCACUAACGGUGUGCUAAAAUGGGGUAACCGGCACAAGACGCUGUGGUUAUCCAUCCCCUGUCUUUAUUGAAGAGAUACUUUGUGAUGAUUGCGUUCAGCAACUUUUCCAUAUUUAGAAACUAGUGAUACUGUUAAGUUCUUAAGGUUGGAUUUAUUUGAAGCGUUCAGCUUCUGUCAAAUGGUUGUGACCUAGAAUAAGGAGACUCACGUGGGUAUUUAGCAUAGGUAGAUGUGGUCACUAGGCUAAGACAGCCUGUUUUGUUAUUUUAUAGUCCGGAUUAUGUGUUAUAAUCGAGAUCGGUGAGCGAAUGGCGUUCUGCUUUUCCUCAGCUGGUCAGCAUGCGCUACUCUCUAAGGUCGCUUUGUUACACCGCUCACGCUUAACUUACUGGAUACGUUAUGGUGCAAUGGUUUCACACCACUUCCUAAGUUACAUGACACUCUUCUGACGCCCGGGUCUAGUCUAGCGCCGUCAUAAAUAGCGCCGCUUGACUACUCUAGCGCCUAUAGUCUAGCGACAACAUUUGCUGAUCGGGUAACGCUGUCAAGCCUCCCGUUUUGCGUCCAUUUCGGCUUUGUUCGCCGUCGAUUGGUUAUGUUCCUGGUAAUGUGAGCUGCAGGCUUAUGCCAACCUCUCAAAGUAACCACAUAAAGCAAUUAUGGUGAUACUUCAGCUGAUUACUAAGCUCAGUUAUUAGCGAGUCGAUGUUGUGACCUUUAUGCACUGACAGCGUAAAGCUUGUUGCCAGAAGUUCUGUUUUGUGUCAUUUCUGUUACGCAGAGCUGGUUUCGUUUACCCGCCGUACCGGUCUCUGUCCGUGCGUACGCUGGCGUGAAACUCGCCGGCCUCCGUGCAGGCAACGCGCGAGGUGAUGAGCACCGCUUAUCGUUACAGCGACGGUACAGCGACCGAUAGUCGUUCACCUGCUCCGAGUGUAAAGGUUCGUCUCUGGCAGGCGACUGACCACACGCUACACGAUCGGGCUCACAUGUCUGAUCGCCCGGUUAAGUCUUAGCCCAGGGCUCGGGCUCGCUGUCGCUGGUUGGGGUGCACCGUCUUUCUCUCUGUCAUGUGCAGGCACUAUUGGCGAAUGAUAAAUGUUUCCACGGUGGAACAUAGCUGUAAAGGAGACGCUUGUCUUGUCGGGAGUGCGAAAGGGUUGAUUGAUGUGCAAAAGAGCGCCUAAGGAUGUGCAAAUUGCUGUAUGUGAAGUGAGCUAUAGCGCUAGUGGAUGUGAGCUGUAACAGUCGCUAGUUUGAACGGGUAUGUCGAAGAUUUGUGUAAUGACUGAGCGGUUAAUUUGACGGGCAUGUAUUCCGAGCUGGCAUGAACAGGUAACUGGCGUGUAGUCUGGGUAACUAGGGGAGAAACACACUGUGUUAUGUGGAGAAAACGUUCACGUGGUUAUAUUUUUUGCUUGGACCGUCUUUACGAAGCUUGUGCAAUAUAGUCUCAUAACGAA